AACAACAAAAAAAACGCGGAGAUUGAGGAGGGCGGAGGCAGAGGAGCGCGCAGGGGGAGGCGAGGGAGCCGGGAGCGGGGACCGCGCGCAGCGCGAGCGGCUGGCAGGCGAGCGGCUCUCGCGCUCCCGCUCCCGCUCCGGCUCUCACCCGCACAGACACACACGCGCGCACAUACACCCGCACACGCACGCCGACUGGCCCGGGCCGCCCCGGCGCGGGGCACCGAGGCGGGGAUCCACGAGCAGAAGGCGCCCAGCGCCCGAUCCCUCGCUCACCCCGGCGCCUUUGCGCUCCGCAGCGGCGCGCGAUCGCGUGGCGCCUCCGCCAGUCCUGCCGGAAGAUGGUCAACGACCGGUGGAAGACUAUGGGCGGCGCUUCCCAACUUGAGGACCCGCCGCGCGACAAGCCGCAGCGUCCCGGCUGUGGCUACGUGCUGUGCACAGUGCUGCUGUCCCUGGCUGUGCUGCUGGCUGUGACGGUCACCGGCGCCGUGCUCUUCCUGAACCACGCCCACACGCCAGGCACGGCCCCCCCACCCGUCGUCAGCACUGGGCCAGCUGGUGCCAACAGCGCCCUGGUCACAGUGGAGAGGGCCGACAGCUCGCACCUCAGCAUCGUCAUUGACCCGCGCUGCCCUGACCUGGCCGAUGGCUUCGCCCGCCUGGAGGGCGUCCAGGCCUCCGUGCUGCAGGCGCUGACUGAGCACCAGGCCGAGCCGCGGCUGGUGGGCGAACAGGAGCAGGAGCUGCUGGACACGCUGGCCGACCAGCUGCCCCGGCUGCUGGCCCGGGCCUCCGAGCUGCAGGCAGAGUGCACGGGGCUGCGGAAGGAGCACGGCACGCUGGGCCAGGGGCUCAGUGCUCUGCAGAGCGAGCAGGCCCGCCUCAUCCAGCUUCUCUCCGAGAGCCAAGGCCACAUGGCUCACCUGCUGAACUCGGUCAGUGAUAUCCUGGACGCCCUGCACCGGGACCGGGGGCUGGGCCGGCCCCGAGUCAAGGCUGACCUGCAGAGGGCACCUGCCAGGGGAUCGCGGCCCCGCGGCUGCGCCAACGGCUCUCGACCACGGGACUGUCUGGACGUCCUCCUGAGCGGACAGCAGGAGGACGGCAUUUACUCCGUCUUCCCCACACAUGACCCCACUGGCUUCCAGGUCUACUGUGAUAUGCGCACAGAUGGCGGCGGCUGGACGGUGUUUCAGCGCAGGGAGGACGGCUCCGUGAACUUCUUCCGAGGCUGGGAGGCCUACCGGGACGGCUUCGGCAAGCUCACGGGGGAGCACUGGUUAGGGCUCAAAAGGCUCCAUGCGCUGACCACGCAGACGGCCUAUGAGCUGCACGUGGACCUGGAGGAUUUUGACAACGGCACGGCCUACGCCCACUACGCGAGCUUCGGCGUGGGCUUGUUCUCCGUGGACCCCGAAGAGGACGGGUACCCGCUCACAGUGGCCGACUACUCGGGCACUGCAGGGGACUCCCUUCUGAAGCACAGCGGCAUGAGGUUCACCACCAAGGACCGCGACAGCGACCACUCGGAGAACAACUGCGCCGCCUUCUACCGCGGCGCCUGGUGGUACCGCAACUGCCACACGUCCAACCUCAACGGGCAGUACCUGCGUGGCGCGCACGCCUCCUACGCCGACGGAAUCGAGUGGUCCUCCUGGACCGGCUGGCAGUACUCGCUCAAGUUCUCCGAGAUGAAGAUCAGGCCGGUCCGUGAGGACCGCUAGACCGGCCCCACCCACCCUUCGGCCUGCCCCACCCCCACCCCGUCUCCAUCCCUCACCCCACCACGCUCCUGCUCGGUUGUUUGUCUGCCUGCCCGCACCUGGCUGACCCGCUCUUGCUCUUCCGUUGGGGUGGGCCAGGCCAAGCCUGACACAGCCCCCUGGGCAGGCGAAGUCACACCUCACCGUCACACUGUUUCCACCCCCCAAUUUGCCUCUGAUGGGGGGCGGGGCAGACUUGACCCAGAAUUCUACCUGCCCAGUCUUUGGCUCCUAGGCCGGCUGCCUUCUGGCCAGGAGUCUGCCACGCACCCCCCGCGGCCUCUCCACUUUGCCAGUCCAAACACCCAGCGUUAUGGGGCACAGAGAAGGGGAGACAGCACCCCUGGAGCCCUUCCAGCAAAGGGAAUGUUCGGAUCUUCCCGAGUCUGGUCUGAGACCAGCCUCCUCGGGCCUCCCAAUUCCCCUCCCUCGUUUCCAUGGUGCGUGGAGAUCCCACCUCUACCCUAAGACCCUAGUGAGCUGCUGGUGUGAAGGCUGCCAGUAUCCAUGGGAUCCCACCACGUCCCCAGGCCAGGCUGUGGCUCAGCUGCCAGUGGGGACUCAUGCCCCAAGGUGGCCAAGGCUGGUUCCUGGAGUCCCCCACCCGUUAACCCCCAUGUUCCCGCAGUGCCCUUGGCUGUUCUGCCCAGCCUCCUGCUUUCCUGGGGCAGCCAGAGCCCCUCCCCACCCCAUUCUCCUGCCUGCUGGAGGAGGGUGCAGACCCUGCACCACUGGUCUGGGCCCAGCCAGUGAGGACUUCUUGAUUUUCUGGGCAGUGGUGGGGCUCGUACCACCCUCACCACCAAUUUCCAGGCCCCCCCAGGAGCAGACCUGGAGGGUGGAGGCUGGACCUGGAGGGGUUUGGCAGCUAUUAUCCCAUCUGCUCAGAGACUGCCCCCUGCUGGUGAUUAUGGCUACUGCCACCUCUGGUGGAGUGGGGAAGGGAGGCCUUACUGGGCAAAUCCCGUUAACUGAGGCUCCAGCCCGGCUCUCAGAGACGUUUUCUCACUGAAUCCUCCCAAUGCCCAAUAUACCACGCCCCCCCCAACAAGAACCACAGUUUCCCAAGAUCAGCGACCAGGAAGGGCAGGGCUGGGACCCCUGACCUUAACCUCCUGCUGAACAAACGAGGGGCUGAUGUAUUUGCUGUCAGAACCAAGCGUAGGGCUGUUUUUCCAAGUUCCCACUUGAGGGGACCUGAUUGGGUGGGACGGUUUUGAGGGCCGAGAAGUCAGCCUGGGGAGCUGCUCAGAGGGGGCGCAUCCCACCUCCUCAUGCAGGACGCCCUCACAGAACACCUGGAGGCAGGUACAUGGGGUGUGUGGGGCCCAGCUCUCCACCCCCCCACCGGAGUUCGUGCUUCAAUGACAAUAAAUCAGAGUUAGCCGGGGCAGCAGGAAAGGCCCGGAGCGCCACUGACUCACCCUGCAACCUGGCUGGUCCCCUUCCUGUAGCUCCACCUGGUUGUCGGCGGUCAGCAAAGGUUUGCUGGACAUCUGCUGUGGGCCAGGGCCUGCCCUGGCUGCUGGACAAGACCGAAUCCCUGUCCUCUCGGCACUCAGCUCAAAGCAGAGAUGGCCAAGACACAGGUGCUUACAGCCCAGUGUGACACAGGCAGCCCAGGUGCAGGCAGGACUGGGGGCAGUGGGCGCGGGGACGUAAGAUGACCACACAGGACUUGAAGGGGGGACCCUUGCUGGCCUCCUUUCCCAUCCUUUAGAAACCAAGAGAGCCAGCCCACCUGGCCCACUGGGACCCCCAGCCAAGGAGCAGAGAGCCUGGGUGGGACCCUGAGUCCUCAUCCCGGGGAGUCCCCCUCGCCCCCACCAGCCCCAGGCUGGAGCUGGCUUCUGCUGCCAGCUCUGCAGUGCCAGCCGCUGUUUAGAAAGUGCCAAGCUCUUUCUGAUGUGUCAUCAAACAAACUCCUGGUGAGUGCGAUGCUAAUGGAUUCACAGCUGUGUGUGUGUGUCAGGAUGCCCCUGCCAGGGCUUGGCGGAGGAACAGACGUGCCACCGCCUGGGCCUGGCAGGCGGAUGGCUGAGGGUGCUUUCAGGGGCCUGUGGUCAACGUCUGGCCGGCCUGGAGACACCCAUUUCUUCCUGCUUGAGCGCAUCAGCCCAGGCCUGGCACCACUAGGGGGACGUGGCCGAACCAAACACUGGCUGGAAGGACACAAAGCCCCCCAUGCUGGGGACACAAGGCCAGUGUGCCCCCCUUCCCAAAGGGCACCUCUUCAAAGGUGCUGAGCACAGGUGGCCCUGCACACCCACUCUGGGCCAGGAGGCUACAAGGCAGGCCCGGGGCCGGCCUCAAGGAGCCCACACAGGGCUGUCAGACGGCAGUGACCACAGGAAAAGGGUGCUGGGAGAACCAGUGGAGAGGGGCAGCUCCCACGAAACCUGAGGGAUGACAGACGUGUGCAAAGGUCACCUGGGACCAUAGUCACUGCGCCCAAACCCUGACCCAUGGGCCCGAUUUGAUGGUUUGAUGGUGGGGUGCCUGUGGCCCUGCCAUCCAUGUCACCUGUCCAAGCUCCUCCCCAGUUCCUUCCUCUUUUGAUGAGAGGAGCCAGCAGGGGAGGUGGGUCUCUAUACUGGGAUCUUAAGGCAGUGCUCUUAGGCCCCCCCCACACCCCUACUUCUGAAAGGUCCUCUCCACAGCCCAGGUAGGUUCUGUGGAAUCAAGCAGGGGCCUCCGUCCUUGCCCCCAAACUUUGGGUACAUCUCUGAGUUAAACCAGAGGUUGGCCACCAGAGUUCCCCGAGUGCAGCGGACCAAUGGACCUGGGUUUCCACGCUGAUGGCCUCAGCUAGGUCAGCAGGAGAUAAGGACCGAGCCGUGAGCAAUUCUCAGAUUGCAUUUUCCCUCUGCAGCUGCGUGUAAAUAGGUUUUAUGUUUAUCUUGGGGCGGAAGCAAUAUCGUCAGUGCCCGCCUCUUCCUGGUCCCCUCACCCACCCUUUCACCCACACAGGCCUUUGGCUGGCUUGGCUGGGGCUGGAACCCCAGAAGUCGGGAGCCCUGUCACCCAGGGUUUGGAGGAUUAGUGAGGAGUGUCAACAGGAACUGCCAGCUGCCUCCACUGUACAGGAGGGGAGGAGGAAGA